GACAAGCAUGGCCGGGACCGUUCUUGUUUUUGUUUUUCUUGUCUUAUGUUGCUCACAGGCUCAGCGCUUGGUUAACCUUGUUCUGUUGCCGGACGCUGUGAAUGACGGCGCCGUUUGUCUCGACGGCUCAGCACCAGGCUAUUACAUCAAUAAAACGUCGGUAAAUCGAUGGAUUAUACACUUGGAAGGCGGUGGAUGGUGCUACGAUGAAAGCGACUGCUAUGGUCGUAGUUCUACUCGGUUGGGUUCCUCAUCCAUGUGGCAGAAGGCAAUGCAGUUGAGUGGAUUUCUCAACAAUGACCCGGAUGUGAACCCAGAGUUUGCCAAUUAUUCAGUUGUGUUCGUGCCUUACUGCGACGGCGCGUCUUUCUCCGGUAACCUUGAUAAUCCAAUAACAAUCAAAGACAAGAAAAUCUACUUUCGUGGUCAUCGAAUUCUCGAUGCUGUCCUGAACUCUCUUAGAGAGAAGGAACAUCUAGAUCAGGCGGAAGCUAUCAUCCUUACUGGCUGCUCUGCUGGUGGACUGUCUACAUAUCUGCAUCUGGAUUAUGUUCAGUCGAUGUUUUCGAACAUCAAAGUGCAUGGAAUGGCAGAUGCGGGAUACUUUAUUGAUGCAGCCAACAUACACGGGGAGAUGUACAUCAGAGGGCAAUAUCAGCAUGUCUUUGAGAUGCAGAAUUGCAGUGGAGGUGUCAACAGUGAGUGCAUUCACUCGAAGGAGGAGAGCGAACGUUGGCAGUGUUUCAUGGCUCAGUACACAUACCCGUAUAUUAAAACACCCAUUUUUGUACUCAAUUCCGAGUAUGACACGUGGCAACUGGAGAGCAUAUUACAGAUCGGUUGCAGACCUCCGAAUUGCAGUGAGAGUCAGAUGCAGUUGAUCGCUCAUUGGCGAACGACGUUCUUACAAGCACUGCAACCGGCUAUUCAAUCGACUACCAAUGGAUUGUUCACUGACGCUUGCCUGCAUCAUUGCCAGAGUAUGUCUGAUCAGUCGUGGUCCAAAAUUAUGGUUAAGAAUCAGACUGCUCAUGAUACUUUUGUUGCUUGGUUGGACAUGAAGGGGACUAGGAAUGUCAGGGUGGUUGAUGAUCAUACCAAUCCCGACAACCCAACUUGUGGUUAACCAUGUACAUCGAGAAAUCAGGCGUCAUGAAUUAGACAUGAAACAACUGCAUUGCUUUUUGCAUCAGUGUGCGCUUAUGGCAUUUGUCAGUAAAUCAUUGGGUUGUCUGCAGGCGGAUAACUGUUUAUUUUUUGUGUUUAUUUUUAAUUCUUAACUGAAAGUGGAGAUUAUGUUUUGCACUAAUUUUAUGGUUUGUUAUGUGCUAUUGCACCAGUACAUUGUGUCUAUAUAACA